AUGAGCUCCCGCUUUGACAUUAUUGUAUAUGGCGCAACAGGCUUCACGGGGUCGUUAGUAGCUCGCUACUUGAUAACCGAAAGCGAGUCUUCAUUUGGCAAUCCUGGGGGCUUUAAAUGGGCUAUAGCUGGUCGUAAUAAGGUCAAGAUGAUGCAGCUGAAAGAGCUGCUUAAGGAAAAGUUGUCGGAGAUCGCACCAAGUUUAAUUGAUGAAAUUCCCAUUAUUGUAGCUGAUAGUGGCGAUGAGAAGUCUCUUGCGUCGAUGGUGCAGUCGACAAAAGUAGUUAUGUCCCUUGUGGGCCCUUACAAACUUUAUGGUGAGCUACUAGUGAAAGCAUGCGCUGAGUAUGGAGUACACUACUGCGACCUGACUGGAGAGAUCAUAUGGAUUAAAGAGAUGACGAUAAAGUACGCAGCCGUUGCAGCAAAGUCAGGCGCUAUAUUGGUAAACUGUUGUGGUUUUGAGAGUAUUCCGUCGGACCUUACGACGUUCCUCGUAGCUGAUCGUAUCCAGCAAAAGUACAAAACGAUAACAAGUACAAUUGACUUGUACUUUACGGACAUUAAGGGUGAAGCAAGUGGUGGAACGAUGGCUUCUGUGUUUGCUAUAAUGGAAAUGUCAACUAAUAAGCAACUGCUGGCUUCGCGCAAUCCUUAUUUUUUGACGGACGAGACGACGAUAUUAAAGAAGCAGCAGAUGGGACUAGUAGCGCCCAAUACGAGUGGCAUUGGCGUGCAUUACGACAAAAUUGUAGGACUGUGGCACUCGUGGUUUAUUGGGGGCACUGUAAACCAGGCAAUUGUACAUCGCAGUAAUUAUUUACUCCAGAACAAGUACGGCGACACUUUUGUGUACCAUGAGCGAAUGGCCAUUGGUGGUUUGUUUAUUCAGCUGCUUACCACUAUUGGAACAGUCUUUAUGGGUAUUUUAUUGUACUUUGGUUGGACCCGUGCACUUCUUAAACGAUUAUCACCAGCUCCUGGUCAGGGUCCGUCUGAAGAAACCAUGCUUCAAGGCUACUUUGUGGCUCAAGCGGUGGGUUAUAGUAAUGAUGGUAAGCUCGUCGUGAAAGCCAAAACAGUUGGUUCAGGCGAUCCGGGAUACCGUCUUACGUCACGUUUAAUAUCGGAGUGCGCGUUCUGUUUGGCCAAGAGCGAGUUUAACGAAUCAAUUUCGUUGCAAGGCGGCUUCUACACGCCAGCCAGUGCAUUUGGCCACAAACUGGCGAAUCGACUGCACAGUAAGAAGUUUCUAACUUUUGAGCUAAAGGAUAUGGCGUGA